AUGCCGUCCUCCUCUACGGGUGCAAUCUUUGGCAGCUCGAGUAGCUCGGCUGCUUUCGAGCUGCCCGGACCAGCUCGAUCCGCUCCCAGGCUCGAGUUGCUUCUCAACCUCAUCACACCGUCGUUGGACGCGCAGCAGGCAGACGAGAUCCUGGCAAUCAUCAGCCAGUCCGGCCUUCUUGCGCAAGUCCCGCAAGACGAAACACGUCACAAGCUCACGGUCCGGAUCAAUUCGCUCAUCUCGUCUCAAAACGCACUUGGCUAUCGUCUCGCCCAUCUCUGGAUCCAGCAAGAUCCAUCGGUGUGGAACGACCACUUGAUCUCAAAUGCAUCGACAUGGGCAACACAGAUCAUAAAUCUGCUAUCAGCUCCCGACAAGCUUCUGCUGCAGCGAGAGCAGUCCGACCGUCUUCUGGCCGCCGCACUCCAGUUUGCCGUCACCCACCUCUUUCCCGAAAACAUCGCCUCCAGGCAGGAGUUCUACCGGCAGGUUGUUCACCCGCACCUUCCCAAGGUAGUCUUUGGUCUGGCACAACUACUCGAAAGCAUUCUCUUGAAGCAAGAAUCCGAAGGCAUCACCGCUUUUGGCAGCCAUCUGCAUACUGUCUUGAUCUUCAUCGAUCGACUCCUCCACGCCCACGCAGCACAGUUUCGUCCCGUAUCAUCGCGCGUCCACGAAUGCAUCACCUCUUUGCUGUACAGUGAUGACGCUCUGCUGAUUCCGCAGCCCAUCUUCACCUCUGCGGCGACUGUCCUCUCAUCCCUCCACCUCACCGGUGCUCUCGCUUCAAAGGGUAGCGAGGCGUCUGGUGGCUCAGCUCGAACUACCCAGUCUCAGCUCUGGGCGGCAACACUCGAGAUUCAGCUUCAGCUCGCCUCCGAAGCUUGGACCCAUGCGACCUCCAGCUACGAGGUCACCACCUCUCCUCCAACCGGCACCGAGGGGCGCGGAUCAUCAGCAUACAAGCACCUGGCUGCAUAUGCGAAAGACCCUCUCGCAGCAACAAAGCUGGCGCACACCCGCCUAGCGCUGCUGCUCGGCAGUCGCGGACGGUCCGGCUUGAUCAACUCUCAUCUUCGAUCCCCUACCACUCGUCCAGUCCCCAUCGCCGCUGGCAAACUCAUCGCUCUCGUCUUGGAUAUGCUGCGAAUCGACCUCAACAGCAGAUUCAAACCCACCGCCGAAGCCAAGGUGUGCUCGUUGCAGGCAUCUCACCUUUCCACUCUGCACACGAGAGCACUGGCACUCAUCGCUCAGCUCGCCAUCACCGCACCUGCCGCAGUGUCAUUGCAAGCGUCGAGGGUGCUAGGCGACAUCUGUCGUAUUGCAGAGACAGGCGUUGCUUCGUCUUCAGCUCUGGCGGGUGCGCGUCUCAAGCUGGCCGCGAUGCGUACACUUGCUGUCCUCGUGGGGAGACGCGGUGUCACUCUCCCUCUCGAUCCCGCUGGGCGCACCGCAUUGCGUCUUGCGCGUCUCGCCGUGACGCAGGUCGCACGAUCCGUUCUGCAACCCAUCCCUACUUCGUCGAGUGCAAGUGCGGGAGAUGCACGAAAAGCAAAGAAAGCGCGUCUCUACGAAUCCGACUCCAUGUUCGCAUCCCAGCUGUCGGCCAAGGAUCAGAUUCACACGUUGAGCGUCGAAGAGAUCGCCUCGACCCAAGCGGCGCUCGAGAUCCUCGUCGCCGUCUACCCGCUCCUCACGACGAACCUCAGCGCGGUGCACUACGAUCAGAUGCAGCUUUCCGUCCAGACGAUCCUGGCGCUGGUCGAGGUGCUCUCCGACUCGCUUUCCACGCACUCCGCGAUGCUUCGGCACCAAAGUGCCGGUUCUGGCGCGCUCACUUCAACGACGCUGCUUCGAGCAGCCAUCGAGGCACUGGCGGACCUCUGCUUGGAUUCCCCGUCAAGCACGCUCGCCCUUGUUCUGCCGAGAGCCAUCCCGGUGUUGGACAGAAUCGCCCACGCACCAGGUGGAGCGGGCGAUGCCCGCAUCCGAACUGUGGCGGAACGCGCGCUGAUGCAGGUACACGCUAGUCGUCGGGGCAAGUUCGUACCUGUCGCCCGAGGUGUUGGGUUCGGUCCUCGCGCGGGGGGCGAUAUGGAACCCGCACCUGACGGCUCGAAGCUUACCUCCGACGUCCGUGCGAUUCCUGUUGGCGAAGCGCUCGAGUCGGGUCUUCAGAACAUUACCACUGCUAUCCUCGGCAAACCUGUUCCGAUUCAGGUGGAGGGGGAAGAGCGAAUGGAUGUGGACGCGAUCACUGCCGAAUCUGCGGAACUGUUCAACGCGACCGGAUCAGAUGCUGCUACCCCCAUCCAACCCGCACCUUCUGCGACGGGGGUGGGUUUGGGACUGCCCACUUCGCCACGACGCGCAGCGACGGAAAAUCGAAUCUUCUCCCCGGACCCGGUUAAGCCAACCCAUCGACCUAGCACGCCCCGCAUCGGCAGCCCGAACGCUCACCCGCAGGGAAGGUCGAGACCCGCUUCGCCGAGUCUUGAUGUGAGCGGAGCAGGUGGGGGCGCACCGUUCCUUACUCCUGGGAGAAUCAGCACUCCGGUGGGGGCAGGCAUUACGGAGGCUGCGGUCCAUGCUGCUGCACAAGUGGUGGAGACGCCUGAUGUGACAGAGGUCGUGCAAGAGAUCGUUGAUGCUACAACGGCGGAGGGAGAUGGGGGAAGAGAGGAGGUGCGCGAGACGCUGUUUAGAGGUAGCGAUGAGGAUGAGGAUGAUGAGGACAUGCCUGAGAUCGAUAUGGGCGAGUCGGACGAGGAGGAGGAGGAGGGGGCCUAG